UUAAAUCUGUGACACUGGCGGUGUUAUCCUUUAUAUUUGAUCUAUUCUGUAUGAUCAAUGGAUUGUUUGUAAUAUGUGUCAACAAAUAUUCCCAAAUUCCCUCAUUACAGUUUGAAGACUGCUGCUUAUUUUAGUUUUAUAUGAUGGUGGAUGAAAUAUUAUUUGAUUUUAGUUUGCUGACUGGAAAAAAGCAAGCAGUUUGAAGGUUUCAUCUUCAUCGAUUUAUUUCCCACCUUUAUUUUCCCUAAAUAAUGAAAAAAAAAAAAAAAAAAAAAGUCACUUUCAGCUCUGAAGAAAAGCAGCCGGAGCAUUAGUCACACACCAGCCUCAAGUAACUGAACCUUUCACUUCCAGCUGGAGAAUCAAACGAGUGGAGACAAUUCCGAGUUGGCCAUGAACUCCUCAGCAGUAGUUGACUGGAGGGGAUGGAGCUGCGUCGCUGGUGUUGUUUUCUCUCCGCCGCACAUUCAUGUGAACUGUCAACCCAGCGACCCCAGACGAGACGCGAGCUGCGCGGGACACUUCUGCACGGGAAACCGCGCUGAAUGGACUACCACAGAACCGAACAGAAGCCGAGCUCGCCUUCAUAUUUCAUCCAGGGGAAGAAAAAACAACAGCCGUCCACGUUUGCCACUGAGCAGAAAGCGCGCGGGGAUGCUUCGCGCGGCUACAGUGAGCGAAACGCGCGCGCGCUUAAUGAUUGGUAUUUAGACAAGCAGCUAAUUAACUCGUAAUUACAUAAGUGGUAUUUAAACCGAUAGUGUGCGUUCGCGUGCUAGCGGGUCUAAAAUUAGAACAACGCGCUGCCAGCUGAGGACCCCGUUACGUUAGUGUUCAUGCGGUAGGACUGUGUCAUUUGUCAUCAACGCACCUUGGAUUUCAGUCGUUACCACAAAGCAAGUGUGGAGCCGGGGACGAGGUCACAACAAUUCAAGACAGAUUGGAAUCAGAGAGAGAGAUGACCCUAGUUUUGUCCAUGAAUCCUUUCCUGGACCCAGAAGGAGACCCUCCGCUCUCCACGUACCAGCCUAUAUGGGAAUCGGAGCGCUGCACUAAGACCUGCCUGUCAAACCCUGCUCCACCAUGCAGCUCUGAAGAGCAAUUUACACAAGAAACCCCCUGCAGGCGACUUCCUGAUCAUGUCUCAGUAUCAAGGAUCGCAUACUUCAAGAGGAAGUUUGUUGAUGAUGACGAUGAGCCUCGAUUCAGUUUUAGGACGUACUGCCAGACUGUGGCACCAGUUUUGGAGGAGCGUGCCCAUGUGCUGCGCCUUUCCCUGGAGAAGAUGCGAUUCAUAGACGACCCUGAGGCCUUCCUCAGGCGCUCUGUCCUUGUUAACAACCUCCUUCGGCGCCUUCGAGCUGAGAUCCUGCUCCAGAGCACUGACUGGUGCUUCCCACCUGGCCCAGCAUUCACCACCGGCCCUUGUGUCCCACCACCCAGCAGUAAUGCUGCUCACCAGGCGCUCCACGGAACAGUCCCCACCCGGAUCUGCUUAACGCCCCAGGCUGGACCACCCUUCCGUAAGCGCUUCCGGAUGGUCCGUGGAGGACAGGGAGAUCUGCGGCCUGACUGUGCCCAGACAUGCUGUUGCAUCUAUGCAGCGGCAGCUGCUUCAGGACACUACCUCCACCUCCCGUUCUCCAUGUACGACGCAGCACUCUCCACCUGCCCGUCCACACCUCACUCCUCCUUUUUUCAGCUAGCUAGCCACAGUAAGUUAGGGCUGACAGUGGCCAUAGAGGAGCAUGAUGACGAGGAUGAGGAUGCUGAAGAUGAGGAGCAAAAUGAAGAAGAAGAAGAAGAAGAAGAAGAAGAGAGGGAAGAGGAAGAAGAGGAGGAAGAUGACAAUGAAAGAAGACAAGCUGGACCAUCCCUUGAUAUUGUUAAGAACAAGUCAAGCCAGAAAAGUAGGACUAGGACCUUGCUGGGUCAUGCACACACAAGGACAGUGGAGGACAGCUGCAUGACAGACAGGGUAGAAGAAGAGGAGGAGGAGGAGGAAGAGCAUGGGGAAGAAGAAGAAGAGGAGGAGGAGGAGGAGGAGGAGGGGGGAGAAGGGGAGGAUCAGGUUGAUAGACCUUGUCAGUGGGAUGCAACAGCCACAGAAAGGGAGCUCCACAAAAUCAGCUUUUGGCACCGCAGAGCUCAUAGACAGUAAAACUGACAUUCUAAGUGUGUUAGAAUUAAAAUGUUAUGAUGACGACAGCUGUCAUCAGUUGAAGAUUAUUUCUCCUCAUAACAGAUGAAGGUGUGAGCUACCUACUCUGUAGUAAUGCCAAGUCAGCUUUAUUUUAAUCAGUUUUAUUUAACUUAAACUCUUCAACUCUAUUGCUUGUGUUAUGGUUAGAUAAAAUUUUUUAAAAAAGACAGUUCUUGGCCACUGGUGGCACUGGAAACACAUUUUUAAAGGCUAACUUUACAUAUGAUGGGAUCUUAAAUCCCAAAGGUGAAGUGAUGCUUGCUAUUGCACUGUCUCCAAGACCAUUUUCAAGCCCCACAGCACAAAAGGUCUCAAGUGGGGCUUCAUAUUGGUGCAAUGGUCUUGUUUCAGGACCCUAAACAAACCUAUGAAAUAAAGGGUUGUGGUUUGGGGGUGUGUGCUUCUGUGUGUGUUUGCAAGAUAGGAUGUAGCAUUUUAAAAAAAAAAAACAUUAUUUUAAGGUUUUCUGUUUUAUUCAAAACAUGGGUUGCACAUAAUUGCGCGUGCCUGUUUGAUUUCAACGCUGUCUCAGGCAAUGGCAAGUGACUGUGCUGCUGCAACAGCACGAUGUGUAUUCUUCAGAUUAUUUUAAAUGCCAACAAUCAUAAACAUUGGAAAUGUUAAAUCACAUCUUCAAGUGCCUUAGUGUUUUUAUAGAUAACUGUAUAUUGUGUGUUCAUGUUAUUGUUCUUGUUGCUAAGUAGAUAUCUUGCAUUCCAAGUGACUGUGUUUGACUAAAACAGGACAAGGGCAUGUGGUUAAAUGCAGGGAUUCUUUCAAAUGCCGAUGAAAUUUCAGAGUUAAUUUCCACUCAAAACGUGUUCUGUUUUUACUUCAAAAUGCAUGUUUUCUAGGUACUACCUGUCUUGAUAAUGUCCAAACUUAAAGCUGAUUUUAAGGACAGUUAGAGCUAAAGCCUUGAAAAGCCAAGUGUGUUCAGAACCCAAUUUACAUUUAGUUAGAAAUAACCAAAAAAGAGUUCAGUUGAAAAAGUAAAAAUCUGGAUCUGUUACUUUAUAAAAAUCAUCAUUGGAUUACACUUCUAAUACCCUGGUGUCCUCACUGAUGUGUAGCAGUGACAACUUGUCAGGACAGACAGAUAAAUGUCAUUAUUUGUUUUUGUGUGUGUAAAGACGAAAAGCUCCAGUCAUUCAGUCAGCUCUAUUUGGAACUUAAAGGCAUAGUCUGACAUUUUAAUAAAUACAUACUUUCUUGCUGAGCAUUAGAAGAUCUAUAACAGCAAUCUGGCUCUAUCUUACUGGUUAUAUGUUACUAGUUGCUUAGCAGUCAGGAAGUUUCUGCGCCCAGCCAAGUCAUAGUUCAACUACAAUGUGUAAUCUUUACACUUAAUCAUACAUAUAAUAUGUUAAUCAGUCAAAUAUUGAAUUUGAGAGAUUUUGGUGGACAGAUUGUUUACCUUUGUAGAGAACCAAGCAAGCUUUUUCCACCUGUUUCCAGUCUUAAUGCUAAGCUAAAGCAAACCUGUUGGCUUCAUAGUUUCAUAUAAACUGCACAGAUACGACAGUGAUAUACUCUCAUCUAAAUAUCCAGGAGAAAGUGAAAAAGGUGUAUUUUCCAAAAUGUCAAGCUAUUCCUUUAAAGAGACACUAUGGAGAAGUAAUUCAACCUCUUUAACAUUUAUAAUAUUAAUGAUAUAAACUCUGUACUAUUUACUUUUUCCAAACCUGAAUAAACAAGCUGUUUUCAGAGGAAAAUACGGUCCCUGUAAGACAGUUUGAAGCUAGAAAUGUGGCGGGAUUAUAUAAACUGAGUACAACAGUAUGAAAUUGUGUCAUCCUUUAAGGUCUGUUUGUAUAUUGAGUUUAUUUAGUUUGUUUGGCACCAAAACGUCAAUUAAAUUGUUAAGUUUUUUUUUUUUUAUGAUAAAAAAACAAAACAAAAUCCACACAAUACACCUCUAACUAUCCUGAUAUGACCUGCCUCCAUUGGUCCACGCAUGUGUGUGUUUGUGUCACUUGAAGUUCCCGGCACAUAGAAUCAAGCAUGAGAGGAUUCAUGUUGGUUGAACAUAUAUGUAUAGAGGGAGUGUCACGAUUCUCGUUUUAGAUUAUUAUUUUUUUCUAGUACUGACAGCUAUGCUGUUGUUCGACUUUUGCUUUUCUGCCCUGACAUCUGUCAUCUGCAGUUGAACGAAAAAUUCCAGCCUUCAGUGAUUCAACAGUAAACAAUGAAAGAUGGAAAUUAAGUUUGUAACAAAGUUUGGUUUCUCAAGUCUGUCCCAAGCAAAGCCCAUCUCCCAAAAACAAUCAGUAAAGGAUUUUGGGCAACGAUAUCACCUUAGUUCAGUACACUUUUUCCUCCACAAGUAAACUCUCCUCUCAAAAAAAUCAAUACGGGAUCUCUGAAACAUUCAAAUCUAAAUUGAAACUGUGGCCCUGCUAUUUACGUGUGUACCGGUGAGAGAGUUCUCUGCUUCACUAAAAAGAAACCAAUUAAUUUCAGAUACACUACAUAACAAGGUCUUAUUUUUGUCAUGAUGGCAUGAUCAGUGGUUUCUAGUUUGUUGGUGUUUCUCAUUCGGCACCUCUGAAGUUUAGGGUCUCAAAUCCACACCGAAGUUAAAAAAAAAAAA